CACGCAGCGUCGGUCCUCCACCCCUGGUGUCUGCGUGUUUCACGGCUGCUCACACGGUUGGUUUGGUAACUUUGGGAUUGCCUCGUUUUUUCAGACCGCAUCGGCGCACGGAAGGCAGAAGCAGGAGGACUCGACGCGGAGGAGACGGGGAGAGAAAGGAGGGGGAGAGGGAAGCACCGGAGAAGAAGCCUCCAUGUUUCAGCUGCCCAUCUUGAAUUUCAGCCCCCAGCAGGUCGCCGGGGUCUGCGAGACUCUGGAGGAGAGCGGGGACGUGGAGCGCCUCGGCCGCUUCCUCUGGUCUCUGCCCGUGGCGCCGGCGGCCUGCGAGGUCCUCAACAAGAACGAGUCGGUGCUGAGGGCCCGGGCCGUCGUCGCCUUUCACACGGGCAAUUACCGUGAACUGUACCACAUCCUGGAGAACCACAAGUUCACCAAAGAGUCGCACACGAAGCUGCAGGCGCUGUGGCUGGAGGCGCACUACCAGGAGGCGGAGAAGCUGCGGGGACGCCCGCUGGGGCCGGUGGACAAAUACCGGGUUCGGAAGAAGUUCCCCCUUCCCAGAACCAUAUGGGAUGGAGAGCAGAAAACCCACUGCUUCAAGGAGAGGACCCGGCACUUGUUAAGAGAAUGGUAUUUGCAGGAUCCCUACCCGAACCCCAGUAAAAAGAGGGAGCUUGCACAGGCUACAGGACUUACACCCACACAAGUAGGAAACUGGUUCAAAAACCGCAGACAAAGAGACAGAGCAGCGGCUGCGAAGAACAGGCUCCAGCAGCGGGUCCUGUCCGACGGCUCGGUCCGCUCCCUGGCGGAUGAUGACGGCACCGUGGACCGGCUGGGGAACUCUUCCAGUCCGGAGGCCAGUCUGUCCAGCAAAGCAGCCGCCUCGGCCAUCUCCAUCACCUCCAGCGACAGUGAAUGUGACAUCUGACGGGCAGAUCCGCGGUGAUGAAGAAUUAAAGGGGGAGAGGAGUGAGAGACAAUCUAAUAAAACAAGUCAUAGUGCCUGCGUUGAGUUAAAAAACAAACACAAACUGAUUUUUGACGGGUGCCAAACAUGAGGAGAUCUGCGGCGGACUGUCCGUCCUUUUCUCUUUAGGCCUACAUUUUUUUUUUUGUGUGGAUAACUGAACUUAAUUACGGACGAAACAUAUUUGACGGACUAAUAAACCAACGCCCUGAGAUGAAAAGUUAAAAAAGAAGAAAAAAAAGUACAAAAGAAAAAGGGAUGAUCGCCUAGCCUGCUGUUCUCUGUGGGUAUUUCAUGUUGAAAAAGAACUGUGAUAUUUUUACUUUACUUUCAAAGUUUUAUAAAUAAUGUUUAUUUGCCUAUUUAAAAACGAUCUGCUCUGUCUCUUUGAAUUUCAUAUUCAUUUGCUUGGUGUUUUUAAUACUUACCUUGUACACAGGUCAACCUGUUGAGCAUGCGCGCUUUAGUGAAAAUGUGUUUCAGUAAAAGAAAAAAA